AUGGUCUUGAUGCUAAUUGGUGAAAUAGAACAUGAAUAUUGCUGGCAAUGUACUGCUAUUGAGUUACUUCAGAAGGCUGCUGAAGCAAUCUUGUGCACUCUGUUUGAAUGCUCUGUUAUGGCAAUGGCGCACUAUAAGCACAUUAUGGUCAAUGCUGACAAUAUGAAGCUUGUUCUUGGCAUCAGUACCAUGACUGGGUUAAACUAUUUUGGCCUGAUUGAUGUGCCUGAUCACCCUGCUCCUGCCCCUGCUGCCAUUAUCUGCUGUCUAUGUUCUGCCCCCGCCUCACCAACUACUCCUGCUGCUGCUCCACCACCACUGUCACUGCCCACUACUGCCUCUCUGCCUCCCCCUGGUGCUGACAGGGUCUCUGCCUGUCAAAUAGUGGGUAUUAGAGCCCCUGUCCAGUUCACAAAGCUGGUUCUAGAGGAGCAGGAGGAGGAGAAGAAGAAGAAGGAGGAGGAGAAGAAGAAGAAGGAGGAGGAGAAGGAGAGAAAGAAGAAGAAGGAGAGGGAGAAGGAGGAAGAGAAAGAGAAUGAUGACAAUAAUGAGAAUGAUAAUGAUGAUGAGGAUGAUGCUGAUGAUGAGGAUGAUGAUGAUGAUAAGAAUGAUGAACUUGCCAUUUAG